ACUUUUUUCACGGAAGUGACGAACGCGUGAACUCUGGCAAAACACGAGCGCGUGGACUAAUACCUUGAGCUAACUUUUACCGUUUUCUGGCUGGUAACGUUGAGUAAGGCACCGGAGCUGGAGCUAUGAACGAACCAGAACGCUACCCUCCACCAGACUUCAGCUGUCCCCCUCCAAGCUCGUUCCACACGCCCCAGGAGCAGCAGCAACCUCGGGCCAGCAGCUUCCACCCCAGCAUGUGGAGCUGGGGAGAGACGCCGUCCGAGCCCAGCUGGAGCUACUGGGUCAGUCCGAACUGGAGUCACGGACAGGCGGGAGGGUACCACGGUCAGACCCAUCCACACUGUGAGACCUUUGAUCAGAACGUUGGACAGCAGUGGUAUCAAGGUGGACGUCCAGGUGGGAGACAAAACUUCAGACCUUCUCAUCAAAACGGGAAGAAGCAGAAGAAUAAGAAAGAACCUGAGUAUUCUCAUUACUGUGACACGUGUGAUCGGGGCUUCAAAAACCUGCAAUUGUACAAUGAACACGUGUCUCAACACGUCAAGUGUUCUGUAUCCGACUGUAGCUUCAUGGCUCAUGAAAAGCUAGUCUCCAUACACUGGAAAAAUAACCAUGCACCUGGAGCUAAAAGAAUCAAACUGGACACACCUGAGGAGAUCUCCAAGUGGAGAGAGGAGAGACGCAAAAACUAUCCAACACUUCAGAACAUCGAGAAGAAGAAAAAGAUCAUGGAGGUGCGGCAGCAGACUGGAGGGGUUCUUGAAACGGCUCAGUUUGGACAAAUGAGGGGCAGAGGCAGAGGAAGAGGUCGUGGGAGGGGAAACAGAGGGUUCAGAGGGCGACGCCCACAAGGCCCUCCAGUUGAAAGCAGGUCCUCCGAGUCUCCCAGACCCCCCAUCCAUUGUCCCAGAGGUGAAGAUCCAUUGGGUGUACUGGCACACGGUGAUCAUGAUUCAGACAAAGAGGCUCCAGAGUCCAGACCGGUUCUGGUUGUGCCUCCUAAACAGAUGAGCUCAGCUCUCGGCGCCUUGAUGGCUAACUACGGUUCCAUGAGUGAAGAGGAUGAGGAACCAGAAGCUGUUCCCAUUCAGAGAGCCAGAGACCUAGUUCAGGAAAACAAGACCAUCCUAAACAGAAUCCAGCCCACCUCUGGGUACACAGGGCCUUCUAGAGGUCUGGAAACCUCUACAGAGACGGAUCAAGCUCCUCACUUCUACUCUGGUCCUAACACAGUCAAAAACAGGAGAGGUCACCGUGGUAGAGGAAGAAGACACCAAGAUACGCCUCAGAAACGUCGUCCCACUUUACUAGAAAUGCUACUAGCUCCAGACAUCCGCCACGAGAGGAAUGUCCUCCUCCAGUGUGUACGCUAUGUUGUCCACAACAACUUCUUUGGACUGGAGAGCGAACAUAAGAACCAGCAGACUGAAGACAUGUCGGCCACCAGAACUGUCCACAAUAACCCGAGUCCAGCAGACGAACCUGAGAACAUCAGCUGUUCUGUUGGUGGAGUCGCACCAGAAUGUGGAGAUCUGCAAAGAGAAGGAACAAGACAGGAUGAGAGUUUGAUGAGUAACGGCCUGUCUGAUCCAUGCGGUGAGCCUCCUUUAGACUCUGAAGGGAGUUCUGAUGCAGCUGCUGCAGAUUUGGUCCAGAACGGCGACGAGAUGACCACCUCCUCAGAUAAAAACAUGUCUGCCUCCAACAUGUAUGAUGAUGAGAUAUGGGAGAGCAACCAGGCUGCUUUGUGAAGAUCACAGCGUCUUUGUUUUAUUUUGAAAUGAUUCUGCUUGUUUAUAGAAAUAUCCUCUUUUGUUAUAUAAAACUAUGCAUCUGUAAAGUAAGAUCCCUAUACUAUAGCACUUGUUGGUCUUUACAGUCAUGUUGUAGUGUUAUGUUCUUUUAAUAUUAUUUUUGUUAAUUUUGUCACAUUACAGAUCACAAAACACAUUUCAAAAUUAGACAACUGUGUAAAUACCAAACACCUACAAACGCUAGGAUUUCAUUUAUUAAGGGAACAAAACUAUCCAAACUUACCUUGGUCUGUGUGGAAACGUGACGCCAUUGUUAAAAUAUGAAUUAACCAAUCUUGCAAAUACGAUAAACUUGAUAAAAGAGCGAUUAGCUUUCUUUUAAAUGUUUUAGUAAUAUUAACAUAUUUGCUUAUGGAAGGGAGCAUCUUGGAAAAAUAUGUCUUGGGGCAGAUAAAGGUUUAAGACAUGUAUCUGACCAUAUUUGAAAUUAAUCUAAACUCAGAGAAUUUGAAUACACCUUCCAUUGCUACUUGGACACGUCAUCAGUAAAGAACCCGGGGUCAUAGGGUGUUUCGGGUCUUUAAUCUUCAUACACCCUCACCCGGGCGACCCAGCUGAGGUUGAUCAGUCCCCAGCUUGUGUCCAAGUGGCCUAUUGCUCCAAGGAUCCCCCUCUGCGGCCUCGAGGAUGGUUUUGGUGGGUUUCUUCAGUUGCAGUCCUCUUACUCCAAGGAGUUUGAGGGUUCGCAGCAGUGAGUGGCCAGCAAAGCCUCGGCGCCCAACCUCGACAGGCUCACAACGAACUUUCCAGCCGUUGUUCCGACACUCCGAGCUCAGCUCUGCAUACAGUACUUGGCCGUCUUUCACUCGUGGGCCUCUUCAAUAUGGUCUUCCCAAGGGACUGUCAGUUCUAGGAUGACCACUUGCUUGGUGGACUCAGAUAUCACCAUAUCUGGGCGGAGAGACGUAGCUGUGAUGUUUUCUGGGAACUUGAGCUGUCUACCUACAUCAACUUGAAACUGCCAAUCGCGAGCGGUAGAGAGAAGCCCCCCUUGGGAGCUAGGCCAGUGGCAUUGUGCCUUCUGCCCUGCUUUAACAAAGGUGAUAGCUUGUUGGGGAGCUGCCUGGGUCUUGCUGUGCUUAAUUGAGUCCGCCAAAGCUUUAAGCACCCAGUCAUGGUGCCAGCGAUAGCGUCCCUCUCAUAGUGCUUUUGGGCAACUGCUUAAGAUGUGCUCCAGGGUGCCUCUCUUCUGGCACAGCUUACACUCGGGAGUGUCUGCCAGUCCCCAGGUGUGUAGGUUGGCUAGGCUUGGGAGGACAUCAUGGACUGGACAAGGAAUUUGAUCCGAACACACUCGGCUUUCCAAAGCUCUGUCCAGGAGAUUCUGUGGGACUCAGCUUGUUCCCACCUGGUCCACUCCUUGUUUGGACACGCCGGCCAUUUUGGUAUAGACAAUACAAAAACAAUAAAAAAUGUUUAUUUCUAUUGAAAUAUCAUGUAGAAUACACACGUUAUUCUGACUAAGUAUUCGUAAUGAAAGAAAGAUUCAUAAUCUCAAAGAGGACGGUGGCCCGUUUGGCUAUUUACCUCUUCAAGAGUGUAUGGUGCAUGCCAUGCAGUAAGGUUCAUGACUGGGCAGGCACUGACUGCUCUGGAGUCCCAAAAUAGAAGUUUGUUUUUUAUUUUUCACCUUAGAUAAAAUAUUUUGUUGUUUUAAAACUUCUUGAUUAUGAUUUAAUCAAUUUCAUACUAGUCAACAAAACACUAGCAAGAAAAGUAAAAUAAUAUUUGAGCACAUUUGACUACA